AUGCAAAGCAGUAUCAACCCGGAUGAAGUGAGAGAGUUGCUUUCAAAUUUGAAAAAAAUCACUCCUACUAUUCCCGAUGAAAUUACAAAGUACCUUUUGCAGUCGGUCGGUUGCGAUAUCACAGAUGAGUCUUCAAUUCGUCUGGUUUCAAUUGCUGCCCAGCGUUACAUCACCGAGCUGAUUAGCAAGUCAGUAGAUUAUCAAAAACAGCGUCAAUUGUCAGAGAGUGCAAAGGAAAAAAGUGGAAAGAGUAGUGAGGCGCUACUGUUGCAGGACUUACAGAAUGCUCUGCAUGAUAUGUAA